GAAUCAACAAGGUUUUUUAGAAAAUGCACUUCUUACACUGACUCGUGUCCUCAUAAAAAAUGAACUCAAGGCAUAGCACGCCAUUCGUAUGUGACAUCCCCGUUCUACUUUCAAGCUCAAGAAUAUCAGCAACAAGAAUGUCCUCCUUCCUGCGCCUUCUCCCCUGCUUUUGUAGCAGUCUUCUGGCAAAGGCCGCAGACCAGGAUGGUUCUGGCGUAAGCAAUCCUCUUCUCGUGGAUCCUUUACAGCGUGUCAGCGACAAGACUCCCUACUACAGCACCACAGAGCAGGAAAACAGACCGCUGCAUUCGGGCUACACCGUAGACGCUCAGGGGAACGCUGUUUAUACAGAUGCAGAUGGAAACCCGAUUAAUUCCAACAAAUUGAGCGUGAACCAGAUGACGGCGAGCCCGGACUUGACAAGGGAUACGUUGCGACUCCCUUACGGUCCGUUGUCAGGGACAGAGAGUGAAGGAAUCUUUGUCGAACCAGCCAGAGUUAUGGUCACCAGCUCUUAAUAUUCAACUUUUUCGGGAGCAUCUUGUUACAAGUACAACCCACCUACAACAACCUCCCACCUACUUACAUCAACUUUUCCCAUUCAAAAAUACUCAAGGGACAUCAAGAAGCAGAAGGUGGACACCGACACCGCCAAGUAGAUGAUGAGGGGACCACCGACUACUCUAACAGAGCUGACUCUAACAGCGCUUGACUCUAACAGAGCUGAUGCCUUACGCUUGA